AGUGAAAUUAGGGCUAAAAAAACACAAGCCGAAACCCUCGCUUCGCCCUGCCCCUCGCCGCCGCCGCCGCCGCAGCCACACCCCUCAUCCCGGCUGUCCUCCGCGGCCUCCGCCCCCAGGCGUCGCCGGAGGCCACAGAUCCGGCCAGAUCCGAUGUCGGGCUCAUCAGGGCGCGCGGCCCCGCGGUACGCGCCGGACGACCCGUCGCUGCCCAAGCCGUGGCGCGGCCUCGUCGACGGCACCACCGGCUACCUCUACUACUGGAACCCGGAGACCAACGUCACGCAGUACGAGAAGCCCAUGCCCCCCGAGGACCAGCUCCCGCCGCCUCCGCCCCCGCUGCCUCCCCCGCCUCCCCGGAGCCGCGACCGCCGCGACAGGUCCAGAUCCCGCUCCCGCACCCCGCCCCGGCGCGACCACAGGGACCGCGACCGCGACCGUGAUCGUGACAGGCGCCACGACGAGCACGCGUCCUCCAAGUCGGCGUCUUCCCACCACCAUCCUGCUCCGGCCGCCGUCGCCGAUGAUCCGUCCACCGAGGCGUACCGCCGCCGCCACGAGAUCACUGUUACGGGGGAUAACGUGCCGGCUCCAAUGACUUCAUUUGAGGCUGGUGGCUUUCCGCCAGAAAUUCUGAAGGAGAUACAGCGUGCUGGAUUUGCAAGCCCAACACCUAUCCAAGCCCAGUCAUGGCCAAUCGCCAUGCAGAGCCAAGAUGUAGUAGCUAUUGCGAAGACUGGAUCUGGCAAAACUCUUGGGUAUCUACUUCCUGGAUUCAUGCAUAUCAAGCGCCUGCAGAACAGCACAAGGAAUGGUCCAACAGUGCUAGUUUUGGCACCAACAAGGGAACUUGCAACACAGAUUCUGGAUGAAGCUGUGAAGUUUGGGAGAUCAGCGAGAAUUUCUUGCACGUGCCUAUAUGGUGGUGCUCCUAAAGGUCCACAGUUGAGAGAUUUAGAUAGAGGAGUUGAUGUUGUUGUUGCAACACCUGGAAGGUUAAAUGACAUUCUAGAGAUGAGAAGGGUAAGCCUUAAGCAAGUGUCGUAUCUUGUUCUGGAUGAGGCUGACCGUAUGUUGGACAUGGGCUUUGAGCCACAAAUACGGAAGAUAGUGAAAGAGAUACCUCACCGUCGUCAAACACUUAUGUACACUGCUACUUGGCCAAAGGAAGUCCGGAGGAUUGCAGACGAUCUUCUUGUUCAUCCUGUCCAGGUGACAAUUGGAAGUGUUGAUGAACUUGUUGCUAAUAGCGCUAUUACUCAGCAUGUGGAGGUGAUAACACCCUCAGAAAAGCUUCGACGUCUGGAACAAAUAUUGCGAUCCCAGGAUUCAGGUUCAAAAGUAUUAAUAUUUUGUACCACCAAGAAGAUGUGUGACCAACUUGCAAGGACACUCACCAGGCAGUUUGGAGCUUCGGCCAUUCAUGGCGAUAAGUCUCAAAGUGAAAGAGAGAAGGUUCUGAAUCAUUUUCGAUCUGGGAGGUCUCCUAUUUUGGUUGCAACAGAUGUUGCUGCGCGUGGUUUGGACAUCAAAGAUAUCAGGGUUGUGAUCAACUAUGACUUCCCCACUGGUGUUGAAGACUAUGUUCACAGGAUUGGCAGGACAGGAAGGGCUGGAGCCACUGGUGUCGCAUAUACAUUUUUCUGUGAUCAGGAUUCAAAAUAUGCUGCUGACCUCAUCAAAAUCCUGGAAGGGGCAAACCAAAAGGUACCCCGUGAUUUAGAGGACAUGGCUUCUCGUGGUGGUGGGCGAGGUAGGAAGAGGAACCGUUGGGCAUCCCGCCCAGACAGGGGUGGUUCACGCUCUGAACUGGAUUCUAGGUACAGUGGCAGAGAUGCCUCUGGGAGAUCACCACGUGGCGGUCGUGGAAGGGAUGAUUAUGGUGGUCGUGGCAGGCAUGACUAUGGUGAAACUGAUGGGCGAUCUCGCAGAUCUGCUAGGGGUCGCAGUAGAAGCCGUAGCAGAAGUGACAGUAGAAGCCGUAGCCCAAGUCCUAAGAGGGCACGGCGUCAUGAGGCUACACGUAGCAGGACCAAGAGUCGCAGUCGAAGCAGGACUAAGAGUCGGAGCAGGAGCAGGAGCAGGAGCUAUACUAGAAACCGCCGUGCUAGCCGCAGCAGGAGCCGUAGUCCUGUUGGUAGUCGUAGGUAUGAAACAGCUGCUGCUGUCUCUGGGUCUGCUCGGCCUAACUCAGGGCACUCAGAGCACAAAAGCCCUCCAAGGUCCCAGUCUGGGAAUGACCACCAUGUGAACCACUCUGAGGACGACCAUCACAUGGAAGAUGGGAAGAUGGAAAAGGUUGAUCUUGAUCGCUCGCCCAGCCCGCAAGAUGACAAAUCUGCUCCUUAUAGUCCUGUAUACAAUGGCAAAGCCAGUGGUUCAAAGAGCCCCAACGGUCAGCCAGAUGGUAAUGCCAAAUCUGUCGAAGCUUCUGAAAAACCUAACCCUGCAUCUCCUGUACGCCACAGCAAGAGCAGAGAGGAUGAGGAGGAAGGUGUUAUAGAUGAGGAUGGGGAGAUAGCUGAGGAUGAUCCUCGAUCAAGUGCUGCAGCUACACAGAAUGGUGAUAACUGAUUCUGUGAAUGUAGAAUGGCGGCGUGGCUCCUGCAUCAGCUUGUGACAAGAAGACAAUUUAUGCAAGCUAACUAUUCGCUAAGUUGAGAACGUGGAAAUGCAUUUGUAUCUCGUUAAAUUACUGUACCAGUUUUUAUGGUUGCGGAGCAUGUUAUGGUGAUACCUGUGCCGUUUGUGAACCAAAACCAGCGAUAUUUAUGCCAUAUUAUGUUGUGUUUAUUGUCAUCAUA